AUGCGCAUCCUCCGUCUUCUGGCCGCAUCGGCCCUCGUCGCCGCCGUCCCCUACCCAAGCUCGAACCUGAAGCGCGUGCCCGAGGGCAACGAGGUCAUUGACCUGCAGCUGCAAGCCGACGAGAAAUUCCGCUGCAACAUGUGCUCCAGGGUGCAGAAGAUCUACGUCACGUCGCCCGUGGACACAAUCUGCACAGGCGAGUUCUGCGGCGGCGACGAGGAGCACGCGUUCGUCCGGUGCCGGCGCGGCACGCAGCACCGUGACAACGGCAAGCCGGCGCGCGUGUACGACAUCCAGGGCACGGUGGGCAACUCCACCAACAAGAAGUUCUGCCAGCAGUUCUACAACCACCUCUCCGCCAAGUGCAACCAGGGCCACGACUUGGCGAGCGACCCCGACGCGGUCCACCUCAAGUGCACCGAGGUGUACCGCGACGAGUAUCCGCUCAAGUUUUCGGCGUUUCUGGAGCUUCGCGCGUGGGACGACGAGACGGACAGGUGUGUUGCGAGGGGCUGGAGGGCCGGGUUCAAGGGGACGGAUGUGAACUGGCUGGGGGCGAGGGGCUGCCAUGAGCCCGACGAGGAGAAGAAAGAGGAAGCGCGAGGAUGA